UUUAUAGUGUGUGUGAGUGUGAGUGUGUUUUCACGGCGUUGAGGAGAAUCUGCAGCUCUGAUAAACACCAUGAGCCACUUACACCCGGGGCUUAUUGGAGCGUAUAACAGUCUGACAGACAAACACCUGACUGGCUAUUUUAACAAUGCGCGAAUACGGAGACAUCUUCAGAGAGUCGGCCUGAUCAGCAGGAGUGGACGUAUUGUGUCAGAAAAGGAGUUCAGGUACAGGAUCAUACACAAAGAUCAACAGAGACACGUACGGGAAUGUCUCGCUCAGGCCAUAUUCCACAAGGUGCUGGACAUGGAGCGUCUGCAUCACAGUGAGAUCCGGAGGAACCUGGAGGAGUGUGUGAGGAGAGAGCGCGUGAAUAAAGUCAAGGUGGAGCGCUGCAACAGGUACGAGGAUGAUUCGCUUAUCUUACUCUCUCCACGCCCACCGACUCGCCUCAGGAAUUUACAAGCUCGGCAUUCUGGACCAGAAAGAGAGCCAUCUGACUCCACCGACUCUUUGGAUUCGUCCAGGCCGAACACGGCUCCAGAGAAAACCCAGCGGCCGCUCCGUCUGAAGCCUCUGAACAGUAACAGCACUUCGACAUCAACCAAGAGAAACUCGUCUCGUUAUCAGGACUAUGUCUCAACUAAUGACGGGAAACAGCAGAUCUGCAGUGUGCUGGAUGGAGAUGUGAUGAGACACUUGACACUAACAGAUUUCUCCAGCUCUGUGUCUCCGUAUCGACUUCCUGUCAUUAAUAACUUUGUGACCCCCGUACCCCCGCUCAAGAGGAGGGAUAAAGUGCAAAAUAGGACCCUGCGGGGGCGAAGGUUACGGCCCACGACGGCCCCCAGUGAUGCGCCCAUCUCUAAGGAGGGUGCUGUUCAGCGGGCGUGGUCUCAGUGGUCUCAGACCGCAGUGUGGGUGAAGAUGGUGUACUUUGGGAAGAGUGUGCACCUGUCUAAUGACCUGAUGGAGCUGAAGGAUGAAGUGAAGGUUUUCCAGCAGCACUGUGGUGGCGAGAACCUCUGUGUUUAUAAAGGAAGACUUAAAGAAGGAGAGUCAUUUCAGUUCACGUCUCGGCGUCACCGGGGUUUCCCCUUCAGUCUGACCUUCUACCUGAAUGGGCUGCAGGUGGAGCGUCUCAGCUCCUGUUGCGAGUUCAAACACAGGAAGAACUCACGGCUUGGAGGACGCCAUGCUCACUUUGGCUUCUCUGGGGUUGAAGGAGCCACCCCUUGUUACAGGUGCAUCAUAGCGAUGGGCCUGGAUAAAAAACCAGCUCCACCGAACAGGAUCAGAAACAAUCUGCUUGUCUCCAAACCUUGGGAAAAAGAGGACGAAAAGGAAAAACCUUUACAGUUUGAAUCCAGCCAAUCACAUCUCACUGAUCCCAAGAGGCAUUCCAAUCAGGAAAGGAAACACAAAAACGGUUAUGAGGAAGACUUUGAGGCUGAUGAUGAAGGUCCCAUGGAUGAUGGAGUGGACAAGGGAAAUGAAACAUCAUUUAACAGAGAGGAGGAGAAUGAGAGAAGAACGGAUGGAAAUAACCUUAAGGAUUCAAUCAAAAACCAAGUGAGGAGAUCAUCCGUCUCCACUGGUCUGACUAGCAGCUUGUCCAGCAGUGAAGAAGAUGAUUUUGAUAAAGAACAGAAAGAAGAGGAAGUUAGGUCGAAGAGACACACACCCACAUCAACCUCUGAAAAAGAUGGUGAGGAGAUGGAUGCCCUGCCGACGAGCAGCGUGUGUCUGCCCACUGAGGAUAAAACCCAAAACCAGGAGAUAGAAUAUACAGAGAGGAAUGAUAGAGAAGCUGAGAAGUCUAUAAAAGAAACUGGAAAAAAUAAGGAACCUGGAAAUGCACCUGGUGAAGAUGACAAACCCAGAAAUAUACCUGGAAAAAUUGAAGAACCCAAAGAGGAACCUGAAGAAGCUAAGGAACCCAGGAAGGAAACUGAGGAAGCAGAGGAACCUAAAAUAGCUGAGAAAUCCAGAGAGGAACCUGAAGUAGCUGAGGAUCCCAAAAAAGAACAUAAAGAAGCUGAGAAAAGCAAAGGGGACUUCAGAGAGGGAAUGAAUAAAGAAAUAAAUGACGAUGGAGCCCAAGUCAAGUCUGUGCAGGAGAAGUUGGCAGAAGCCAUUUUAAACAUGAAUCAGUGUGUUUCUGAACCUGAACUGAGCGACACAACCACUGAGGAGGACGAGUUGGUGUCCGUCGAGACCCAGCGGGCGGGUCCAGAUGCCGAGUCUGAAAACAACGCGGCCCAUCAAACACCUGAUGAGGAGAAUGGAGCUGAACUUGUGCAAGCAGCUGAAAGUGAGAAAGAAUAUACAGAGGAACCCAAAGAAGAAACUGCAGCACAUGAAACAUCACAAGCUGAGACAAAAACAGAGGAGGAAGAAAAAAAAAACAACCAAAUAGAAGAAAAAACUUACAGCACAGCUAAUGAAGAUGGACGUGCAGAUGAUGAGCAGAACCUUGAGAAUAAAGACCACAACACAGAAGUGAGGCAAGACACUGCUGACAAAGAAGGACAAAUACAAGAGGAUGAUAAUUUCAGUAACCUGCAAAAUAAAUCAAAUGUAGAUCCUGAAAAUACUGAAGAACCACGCGAUGAAGAACCACUAGAUGAAGCGCUGCAAGAUGGAGAUCCACCAGGUGAUGAGCUGCGAGAUGGAGAUCCACCAGAUGACGAGCUGCCAGAUGGAGUUCGACCAGGUGAAGAGCUGCUAGAUGGAGAGACACCAGAUGAAGAACCACCAGAUAAAGAGGUACCAAAUGGAGAUCCACCAGUUAAAGAGCUGCUAGAUGGAGAGCCAACAAAUAAAGAACUGCCUAAAGAGGCUCCAACUGAAAAUUCAGUAAAUGCUGAAGAAAGCAGAGCAACUCCAGUGGAGAAUAAGGACAAUGUGAUGGAGGAGAUCACAGAGAACACUAAAGAAUCAUCUGAGAAUCAUGGAAAUGUGAAUCAGAAUACUGAGAUAGAAAAGGUAAAUGAAGAAGAGCUGGGUGGGGGAGAAGAGUUGUCUGUUGAGGAGAUCAGUGAUGUUGAAGCAAAAACAUUUGAAGAAGAAUCAGGAAAUUUGAGAAAUAGUUCAGAUGAGACAAACAUUGAUACUGCCAAAUAUGUUGAAGGCAGUAUGGAAGAUCUAGUCCUAAAUGAGGUGAAAGAUGAAGAUCUAGCAGGUGAAGACAAGAAAUCAGGAGAAAGGGUGUUGUUAUCUGAGACUGUGGAAGAAAAAGAGCAAAUAGAAGAAGAAGAAGGAAAUGAGACAUACAUGAGGAAUGCAAUAGAUGUAAUCAGAGACCAAGAUCAAGUUAAGGAGGAUAAGAACACUGAAGAAGGAAACAGGGAUGAGGAGAAAAUCAAUCAUGGGAUGACUGAGGAUGUAGCAGACCGAAAUGAACCUACUCCAACGGGUCAAACAUCAAAUAAAAGAGCAGAGAAUGAGGUGAGAAAAAGUGAAGAACUGGAAGAAGAAUUUAUAGCAGACAAUGAUGCUGGACUACAAGAAAAACAGGAGCUUGGCAGCGAAGGUAAAAACACAGAGGAGGAUAAACACAAGGAAGAGCUGGAGAAAAACAAAUCUUUCAAAGAAUAUGAAGUUGAAGAAAAUGAGUGGCAUAUGAGUGAAUGUGAGGAAGUUGUUGGUAAAGCUGUAGAGAUGCAGAGACCACUGACAGAACAACAAGAGGAGCAAAAAGAACAGAUACAUGGUUCUGAUCCCAGUCUUAAUAAAACUCUGCAGGAAACCACAGAUGGACCUGAAGUAAAAUCAGGAGAGCUCAUAGCAGAAAACGUAAAAGAAGUAAUUAUUGUAGACCAGGGGGAGCUGGACAAGAAAGAAGGACCAGGGGAAGAAAAGGGACCUUUUAAGAGCAGUGAAGAAUUCAAUCAAGACAUGGAUGAAGAAGCAGGUGUGAAAGCUGAGCAGAUGGAUGAGGACAAUGAACAAGUGGACCAAAAAGAAAUACAACAAGAAAUAACCAAUAAAGAAGAAAAACAGGAAAAAGAAGAAGAAGUAGUAGUUGGUGUGAAAGGGAAUGAACAAAAACAAACUGUAGAAAAGGCAGAAGCAGAAGAAAAAGCAAAUCGAGAUCAAGAGACCAUCAGUGACAGAGAAAUCAAAGAUGAGCAGAAAGAAGAGGUGGAGAACCCUAAACCAUUAAUAUCAGAGAGCAGUAAUGAUACUGCCAAUGAGCAUCAAGCUCCAUCAGAUGCCAAGACUCCUGUAGAAGAUCCUGCAGGUGCUGAUUCAGAACCUAAAGACACAAACGCUGAGUUUGAAGGUAGAACUGAAGAUGAGGCCAAAGCAAGUCCUGGCAGUAAUAUUCAAUCAUCUACUGAUAUUAAAAAGGAGAAAGGUGCUAAUGCUGCUGAAGAAACCAGGAGAUUGGAAGGCAGCGUCUCUCCUUUAGAGGAAUCUCAGCCUCUGGAGAAAGUCCUGGCUGUCAAAAGAGAUGAGAGAGAACCUGAACUUAUUGUCGCUCCUCGGACAAAUCACGAGGAGUUGGUAAGCAACUGGGUGAUUGUUCACCAAGCCUCAAAAUACUUUGAGACAUUUGUUGAGCCGCUGGAUGAAAUAAAGAUUAAUGAUGGAAAAAGGAACAUACACACUGAAGAUCUGGAAGUAGAUGAAGUGAUGCAGAGCCCAAAAGACUCUGAGGAAAAGGAUGAAUCAUCUGAGGCUGCCAAAGAUGAGCAACUCAUCCUGCCAGUGAACAGUGAGCAUGAGCAACUACAAGAUACGACGGUGGAAAACUUAAACAUGGAUGCUGAGGCACUAGGAGCAGAGGUUAAACAUAAUUGGUCAUCUGGGAACCCAUCAGAAGAAACAGAGGAUCGAAGACAAAUGAAUUCUGUUCUAACUCCAGAAGAUGAGGAAUGUGUUGAUCAAAAUAACGGUAUAGACAUUUCAGCAACAUCACUGAUGAAGAAUGAAAUUAGCCAAGAUAGCUAACUCUGUACACUUGAGGAACAUAACCUAAGCAGAAAAAAACAUUUUCUUUCCCAAACAGCAAGAACAUGAUGAGUGAGGUUGUAAACACAGAAACAGCAGAAAUAUCUCCAUAAGUGAUAAUAAUAUUAGGAAUAAAAUGUCAGUAACUCCAUCUGUACAUGGUAUUAGCAUGUUUGUUUCUGUAGUACUUGACACAAAUUUAGAUCUCCUUGUUAUGUUACUUCACAAUCUAAUUAGCAUGCUAGCUACGUAUUUAUUAAAUGGCUACGUCAGG